ACUCUAGCCUAGUCGAGAUGAGCGUGUCUUGUUAAGGGCGAAGAGCGUCACGUGAUUUUUUCCCGUCUGACAUUUUUCAGCCAAUAAGAGUCCAGGGGAGGAAGGGGCGGAAGUUUGAGGAGUGUUGGAUUGGGUGUUGUUUCUUGUGUAGCACGAGUGGCGCAGAGCCCUCGAUUCAGAUCUACUGACAAUAUCCAAUAUUAAUCUUUAAACGUCUUACUUUUUAAGAGAACUUCACAAACUAUCUGCUCGGCUAGUAUUUAGUGCUAACUUCCGGGAACUAUUGAGAGGCUCCACGAUCCGCCAUUGCUGUGUAAAACCAAUGGAGUGAACGGAGUUGACUCAAUUCUCUCUCUCUCUCUUUAGGGCUGUGGAAUAGCUUCAGUUCAAACAUGCCAUAUUUUAGUGGAUAAACUUAACGUUUUAUUACGCAAGACUACAUUAAGACCAAACAAAGCUGUACUUUUAUAAACUGGAGAAACGUUAGCUACAUUUACAAAGCACUCUUCAUGUAGUAAUGGUUCUUCCUGCGGCUGCAGUCUUUCACUUCCUGUGGGAAAUGAACUCUGACCUGGUAAAAGAUGGAGCCUCUAUACGGACGUUUGGCAGACUUACCGAUUAUCUGCCGGAGGAAUCCAAAGCCAUUCUCACAUCCCAUCAUGCAUCAGUGCAGUACCAGGUGUCAAUACAGACUACGUUUGUUGAGCCUUUUGAUCCGAUAAUUGGGGCUCAAUAUAUUGUACUUGGAGAGCUUGAAAAGUCACAGGGGGACGGUGAAGCCGUCGUGCGUGCACGGGUCUUUAAUUGUGUGGACGGCGUCGACGUUGCACUGCUACAGAAGGCCGUAAAUGAACAGAGGAAGUUUUUCAGGGAACGAAAUGACGAGGCUGAUGCAUGAUUUGGGCCAAGACUCGUCAUGUGACAUCAUCACAAUGCGCAUUCAGCCAAAGCCCUCUCCGAUUCACGUGCGUCUAACAUGAGUACAGCUAAAAGGUCUCAUUUACCAACAACAGUCAUUGCGAAAGACCGUGUAAAACACUUUAGUGGAAUUGCAAUUUGAGGUUUGGAAUCUCACCUACGCCCUGUGUGCACGGAGCUGGCACGUUCUCCCCGCGCUUCGUGGGUUUCCUCCCGGUAUUCCGGUUUCCUCCCCCAGGUCAGAGACGUGCACCGUAGACCGAUUGGCAUUUCCAAAUUGUCCGUAAUGUGUGAAUGAGUGUGCGCUUGUGCCACGCGAUGAGUUGGCACCCCGUCCAGGACCCCGAGUACCCUGAGAUCGGCUCCGGUAUUCCCCAAAACCCUGUGUAGGAUAAGUGGUAUGGAAAAUACCACAAUGGAUGAUGACCUUGAUGACAAAGCUAUUAUACAGGUUUACAUUGGAAGUAGUAGACUUAAAAGUAAUAACUUUGUGCAAUGCUAGAUUUAACUUCAAGAUAAAAUGUCACCGGGUCAUUGGUAUAAAUUAAUAUGGGUGGUUUGAAGUACAUCAGAUUUGAAUGUGUGCCAGGGAUGAAAAAAAUGAAUCCAUGUAUGUACAGAUCAUGUAAAAGUCAUAUUUUCUGGUUUUG